AUGCCCACGAAUUCUGAGACUUGCUUUCGGAUUCAUGAUCGGCGCUUUUCAGUAAUCGUUGGACCCACACCAACACUAGAGCUUCUGGCAGAGCAUCAAGCCUAUCCUUUCGCUCACGAGGCUGGAGUAUUCUUUCCUGAUAGCAACGAUCUCUAUAUCACUAGCAACCGUUGUGUCGGCCCGGAUAAUGAAAAUAAGGUCUAUAUCACUCGUGUAGACUUGGAUCAAAGGCCAGUGGCUUACGAGGAAGUUCCCACGGAUAUUCCCAUGGCCAAUGGAGGCAUAAACUACGGCCAGAGCGACAUUCUCCUCUGCUCGCAAGGCUCCAUGGACCAACCGAGUGGUUUAUACCGUAUGUCCACACGUUCAUACGAAUCACAGCUAUUGAAGAGCGAAUUCUUCGGUCGGGAGUUUAACUCUGUCAAUGAUGUGGUGGUACACACAGAUGGCUCAGUCUGGUUCACGGAUCCCAUUUACGGCUUUGAGCAGGGCUAUCGACCAUCUCCACGCUUGCCCAAUCAAGUUUACCGAUGGUGCCCGAAUAGUGAAAAUAUUCGAGCCAUGGCCGAUGGUUUUGGAAGACCAAAUGGUAUUUGCUUCUCACCAGAUGAAAAGAGGGCUUAUAUCACCGAUACCGAUCGGGUUCACGGUGACGGGACGGUAGAUGAUCAGCGGGUUUCUUCAAUCUAUGCAUUCGAUAUAUCUGAGUAUGAUGGAGAGAAAUUCCUCACAAAUCGGCGUCUUUUUGCCAUGGCGGACCAAGGUAUCCCAGACGGCAUCAAGUGUGACCUUGAAGGGAAUGUUUACAGUGGCUGCGGGGAUGGCAUCAAUGUAUGGUCUCCGGGUGGCGUUCUUCUAGGUAGGAUCAUUAUUGAAGGUGGUGUUGCAAACUUUUGUUUCGGGAGAAACGGGGAGAUCUUUGCUCUGAAUGAGCAUCGACUUUGGAGAGUCCAGCUAGGAGCGACUGUGAAGGGAGCAUUGCUCGGGUUAUAG